UUUUAUUUGUCAAAAAAUGAAAAAUGGGCAACAUUGAUCUUUAAAUGUCUGACGUCGGCUUUUAACUUACGUGUUAUGUUUGUUGCUUUAUUUAGAAAAACUUGAAUUCUUUUUAACUUAAAAUGAAAAUCUUAUAUAUUUUGUUUCUUUUGUGGCAUGUUGCUAAAUGUGAUGAACAUACACAUACCUACAAGGACAGUGAACAAGUGGUGCUCUGGAUGAACACUGUGGGCCCGUACCACAACCGUCAGGAGACCUAUGCAUACUUUUCUCUACCAUUCUGCGCUGGCACGAAAGUGACCAUUGGCCAUUACCACGAGACGUUGUCGGAAGCUCUGCAAGGCGUCGAAUUAGAAAUAAGUGGUUUGGACAUCACCUUCAAAGAUAAUGUACCAGCACAGCAAUUCUGUGCCAUCGAACUCGACGAGCAGGCAUACAAGGCGCUAGUCUACGCUGUAAAAAACCAUUACUGGUAUCAAAUGUACGUGGACGACCUGCCGAUAUGGGGGAUCGUUGGAGAGAUAGAUGGUGACAAUUAUUACAUUUGGACACAUAAAAAAUUUGACAUUGGAUAUAAUGGGAAUCGAAUCGUGGAAGUCAAUCUUACAGCCGAGAAUAAAGAGCGACUGAAGCUGAAUGCUAAAAUCCCUUUCACAUAUGAAGUGAACUGGAAAAAGAGCAAUAUCAAAUUCGAGGAUCGCUUUGACAAGUAUCUAGAUCCUAAUUUUUUCCAACACAGGAUUCACUGGUUUAGUAUCUUCAACAGCUUCAUGAUGGUUAUUUUCUUAGUAGGUCUUGUUUCCAUGAUACUUAUGAGAACUCUUCGUAAGGAUUAUGCUAGGUACUCAAAAGAUGAUGAUCUUGAUGACCUAGAAAAAGACCUGGGAGACGAAUAUGGGUGGAAGCAGGUCCAUGGGGAUGUUUUUAGACCUGUGCCUCAUUUGGCAUUAUUCUCUGCACUGAUUGGAGCUGGUCAUCAACUGACUGUUGUGACAUUGGCUGUUAUAAUUUUCACAAUAUUUGGCGAGCUCUAUACUGAGAGGGGAUCCUUAUUGUCAACUGCUAUUUUCAUCUAUGCGGCCACUUCACCUGUAAAUGGUUAUUUCGGUGGUUCCUUGUAUGCUAGGAUGGGGGGCAGACUGUGGAUCAAGCAGAUGCUGCUUUCUGCAUUCCUGUUGCCAGUACUGGUGUGUGGGACGGCUUUCUUCAUUAAUUUCAUAGCCAUGUACUAUCAUGCAUCUAGAGCCAUUCCUUUUGGUAGUAUGAUUGCUGUGAUGUCCAUUUGCACUUUUGUGAUUUUACCCCUUACCCUGGUUGGAACUGUUCUCGGACGCAACUUGGCGGGACAGCCUGAUUACCCAUGUCGCAUUAAUGCUGUCCCUAGGCCUAUUCCUGAAAAGAAAUGGUUUAUGGAACCAUUUAUAAUCAUUAUCAUGGGAGGAGUUCUUCCAUUCGGCUCUAUAUUUAUUGAGAUGUACUUUAUCUUCACAUCGUUUUGGGCAUACAAAAUCUACUAUGUAUAUGGUUUCAUGUUGCUUGUGUUUGUGAUAUUAAUGAUUGUCACAGUGUGUGUGACUAUUGUUUGCACUUACUUCUUGCUGAACGCUGAGGACUAUCGUUGGCAAUGGACUAGCUUCCUCUCCGCCGGCAGCACUGCAAUUUAUGUAUACCUCUAUUCAUUCUACUACUUCAUAUUUAAGACAAAAAUGUAUGGCUUGUUUCAAACCACUUUCUAUUUUGGCUACAUGGCAUUGUUCAGCUUGACUCUGGGAAUUAUUUGUGGGACUGUGGGAUACAUUGGCACCAGUAUAUUUGUGAGGAAGAUAUAUUCAACUGUUAAGAUUGAUUGAAUGUUGUGUUUUGUGUAAUUACAUUUUUCUUUAAUGUGAUUUGUAUGAUAAGUUUUUAUUGCUAGGCUACAAGUGGAAAGAAAAUGAAUUGUGUGAUCUAGAAUUCUAGACAAAUUGCAAUAAUGGCUAAAUUUUAGACAUUCCUCAUAAUUUUAUUGGUUGAAAAUUCACAUAGUCAAAUACAUUAUUUAUUCAUUAAAUUAAUCCUUUCAAGUAUUGAUGUCAGUAGCAUGGUGAUUAAUAUUUGUCCAGAUUUGAAGAUGAGGUUCUUUAUUUAAUCCAUAUUAUGUUUAUUUUAAACAAAUACAUGUUAUUACAUGUAUAUGUAUACUUUGUUGACAGAGAUUAAAUGAAUCAAAUAAGGCUUAGAUAAUUUUAUUUGCAUUCAAAAUAGUCAUGAAAUCAACUAUUUAUAAUGCAUAUAUUGUUUUCUUUCAAUACUAUCUGGUUGUUUUAUGCACACAAGGAUGUUAUUGUUUUACGUUUAUAUCUCAAUCAAAUAUGUACUAUGUAAAUAUAUAAAAUUAAAAAAAAAAUAGAAUUUAAACUGUUGGUUUUGGUACUAAUUGAUUUAUUUAAUAAAGAUGUACCGCUUGACUGAGAUGGUUUGUGUGGUAGUGUGUAGGUUGCAGGAGGGUUUGAAUAUUGAAUUCCCUGAUUCCGUACCCAAAGGGUGCCAAUGGGACUAUUACUAAGACUCCACUGUUGUUGCUCAGUUCUCUGUCUGUCAAUGGCAAUGUCUUGUGAACUGUAAUAGAUAGAGAGCUGAAAUUUUCAAAGAAUGUGUAUUUUAUUGCUGCUAUAACAACAAAUUAUAAACAUUUCAAAAUGACCACCAUGAAAAUUAAAAAAAAUUAAAGUGUUACUUCUUGUACUAUGGGUAUGGGACCUUUUUAAAAAACCGAUUUCUUUAAAUGACUGAUUUAAUCUGUACCCUACCUCAUAAGCCAUCUCAGUUAAAUGGUAAAUCUAUACAUUUACUUAUCUCUCUAUAUUUUGUUAGUCACAAUAAAACUUCAUAUUAAUCAUUAUAUAUCUAUUCUCUACCUAGCAGACUAAGAACUGCUUCUAGACAAAAGCAAUGACUCCUAGGUAGGUGAUUUGUAAGUAAUAAUCUAGAUGUAAUUUUACCUAUGUAAAUAUUAACUAGAAAUUAUUAGAAAUAGUAAUUACAUUUAACUCUUUUUAAAUGAGUGUUUAUAAUAAUUGCAUUACGUUGUAUUUAAUUUGUGUGAUAAGAUAAAGGAAUUAGUUGUAUACUAUUAUGCCACCCAGCAUAAAUCUGAUAAAAUGUAAUGUACCUAUCUGAAUAUAUCAUUUUCGGAAUUAAAAGGUGACAAACUAUUAAAA